GAGGAAGAAGAGCCGUUGGAGGAGGUCGCAAGCCAGCGAGCGAGCAAAGCAAGAUGAUGAUGACCAUGUCGUCGCCGGCGGCCACCGCCUGCCUCCCCGCCUCGCCCUCCCUCGGGCCCCGCUCCCUUCGCCUCCUCCGCGGAGCUCUGGCCCGGAGGGGCAGCCGCCGGCUCGGGGUGGUGCGCGCGGCCAGCGCGGAGGUGGCCGCGCCCGACGCCGCCGCCGCCGCUCCGGGCUACACCUCCGACUCCCUCAUCCUCUACUUCAAGGCGGAGGGUACCAUGGAGGAGAGGGCCAUCCCCAAGAUCACCCAGGCCCUCGAGGGGGUGGAGGGGGUGAGCGACCUGGAGGUGCUCAUCGAGGAAGGCAUCGGAAGUGUUGUGUUGACAAAGGAGACGACGGUGCAAGCUACCGGGGUGGCCUCAAACCUGGUAGAAGCCAUCCAGGGAGCUGGCUUCAAGCUGCAAACACUUAGCCUCAGCUUCGACGAUUUUAAUGAGGAUGCAGCCACAGUCGCAGGAGAGGAUGACGACCAAGCCACAGAGUGAGUGACUAUGUCAUGUCAACAGCUGCUGAUCAGAGCUACUUCAAUUUGCGGAAUGCAUACGAUUUGCUCAUGUUAUUGGCACUCUUCAACAUUUUGUUUAGUUGCUGCACAGCACUCCCUCUCCUUGUAAUCUCUGAGGAAGUUCGUUGAAGUUCUAGCUUAUGGCCAACAAAGGAGGAAAUGGUGUUUUUACUUGUGUAUUCUGAUUCAGAGAAAGUGUUCUGAUUUUUUUUCAAGGUCCAUAUUAAUUUGUUGAGAUGUUUCAGCUA